GUCAGUUUGUUAAAAUGGUUGAGAGAUUUGUCUUCAACUUUCUUUGUAAAUAAUAAUUAAUUGGAUGAUGUUGUAAACAUACAGUAUACAAUAUAAGAUCUAUUGUUUGUUACUUAUUGUAUAAGUAAUAUAAUGGGCGACAGCAGUGAUUCAGAAGAGUUCUACGACGCCGAGGAAUUCACACCCAUCAAGGGUUCAAAGAGGUCAUCAUUAUGUAAGAACAUAAAUGUGACUGAUGGUGGAUCUCCACUACUGAAGGAAAAGAUUCCCGCGAAAGCUGAGGAGUUGCCUGCACCCACAACACAUAGUACACCUGCUGACACUAAUGUUGAAGAUGACAGGACUAGCGUUAAAAACGUGGUGCAGGGCCGCAAGAGGUUCCAGGAGUUGCGGCGCUGCAUGCAGACGGAAGAGGAGGACGACGGAGUGCCUGACACGGCUCUGCCCUCCGACCACACUUAUGCAUUAGAACAUCCCUUCAAAAUAAUAUCUCACGACACAAUGAGCCUGCAGAGUAUGACGUCACUGGGCCGCAUCGGCAGGAUACUGAGCGGCGCCGCCGAAACCCACUCGAACUUCCGCGACCUUGCGCCACCUUCUGCGUCUUCGAGGGAACCAUCUACGAUAUCCGAUGACCCUUUAGCGUCGGACAAUAGAAGUCAGAAUGACAAGCACGGCGGGCAGUCCGUGUGCGGGGAGGGCGAGGGCGAGGACACGCGCAGCGUCAGCACGGCCGGAGAUGACCCCAUCUACCCCCCGCGCCGCCCCGACAAGCCGCAGCUCGACGACCUGCUGCCUUCUCUGUCGCACACGUUGAGCCAGACGAUGGCGCUGCCGAGCCCCGCCAGCACGAUCGAUCCACAGACCAAGCAAAAGGGUCUGUGGCGCAAAGGGUUGCGCCGCUCCCCCUCCGCCCCCCUGCACCCCCUGCACCCACAACUCACAAUUGACAAUAGGUUUAUAAACUACCCUCACUUUUGUUAUCAUCGAUGUCUGUAA